AGAUAAUUCUAGGAUACCGAUACAUAUAGAGAAUCUAUCUCUAUAUUAGAGAUAUAGAUAGAUUCUAUCAACACUCAAAAUUAACAUUUUUAUUUCAACUUAAAAUAAUACGGAAUGAAUUAAAAUUCGGGAUGGAAUAAAGAUAUAAUAUUAAAAAAAAGAAUUUAGUUAUUAAAAAAUAAUAAAUAGACUUUUUUUGAAAUCCACGUCAUAAACUUUGAGUAGUGCUACGCUUCUGGCAAAGGGUCACAUAAUGGUAGGCCCUCCCUAUUAGAGGACAUAUAAUGCAAUGGCUACCGCAGAUCAUUAGACAUUGGCUUACACCUCCAAACAAAUAAACUUUUAAAUCCAAAAUAAAAAUCAUUUAUAUCAUGGGAAUACAAUUAUACAAAACUUAUAACCCGAGCGAAACCGUAAACAGCCCAAAAUUUGCUCGAAGAAAAAAUUUGCUCUCUGGAAAGCAUCAUUGUGGUAAAGGUCGUAAUGCUAGAGGAAUCAUUACAGCAAGGCAUAGGGGGGGGGGUCAUAAGCGCCUAUACCGUAAAAUAGACUUUCGACGGAAUGAAAAAGACCUAUAUGGUAGAAUCAUAACCAUAGAAUAUGACCCUAAUAGAAAUGCAAACAUUUGUCUAAUACAUUAUAAGACUGGUGAGAAGAAGUAUAUUUUACAUCCGAGAGGGGCUCAAAUUGGAGAUACCAUUGUUUCUGGUACAAAUGUUUCAAUCAAAAUUGGAAAUGCCCUACCUUUGACCGAAAUCCCCUUAGGCACGACUAUACAUAACCUAGAAAUUACACGUGGAAGGGGUGGACAAUUAGCUCGAGCAGCGGGUGCAAUGGCGAAACUGAUUGCAAAAGAGGGUAAAUCAGCUACAUUAAAAUUACCUUCUGGCGAGGUCCGUUUUAUAUCCCAAAACUGCUCCGCAACAAUAGGACAAGUCGGGAAUGUUGGGUUCAACCAAAAAAAUUUGGGUAGAGCUGGAGCUAAACGAUGGCUAGGUAAGCGUCCUGUAGUCAGAGGAGUAGUUAUGAACCCCGUAGACCAUCCACACGGGGGCGGUGAGGGUAGAGCUCCUAUUGGGAGAAAAAAACCUACAACCCCUUGGGGUUAUCCCGCACUUGGAAGAAAAACUAGAAAGAGGAAUAAAUAUAGUGAGAAGCUCAUUCUUCGUCACCGCAGUUAAUAUAAUAGUAUAAUAUAGUUAAUAGAGUGAAUAUACUUAAUGUAAUAUAUAUAGUAUAAAAAAUUAAUAUAAUAGAACAAAUUAAAUUUAUUCAUUCAAUUAUAUGAAAAAUAAAAAAAUAAAAGAAUAAUAAAAUUUAUAGGAGUAAACUGUGGCACGUUCACUAAAAAAAAAUCCCUUUGUAGCUCAUAAAUUAUUAAAAAAAAUUGAGAAACUUAACACAAAGGGAGAAAAAGAAAUAAUAAUAACUUGGUCCCGGGGAUCUACUAUUAUUCCAAUAAUGAUUGGUCAUACUAUUGCCAUUCAUAAUGGGAAAGAGCAUCUCCCUAUUUAUAUAAUGGAUGAUAUGGUCGGACACAAAUUGGGAGAAUUUGCAACUACUUUAAAUUUUCGAGGACAUGCAAAAAAUGAUAAGAAAUCUCAUCGGUAAUGUGAAUACUAAAAAAUAUUUUGAUGCUUAUAAGUCAUUAGUAGGAGGCAAAUUUUAUGUACCAGAUGCUAAAUAAAAAAACCCCAGAAGUAUACGUUUUAGGUCGACGUAUAGCUAUGUCGGCUAAUAAAGCACGAAGAGUUAUUGACCAAAUUCGUGGGCGUUCCUAUGAGGAAACACUUAUUAUAUUAGAACUCAUGCCCUAUCGUGCCAGUUAUCAAAUUUUAAAAUUGGUUUAUUCAGCCGCAUCAAAUGCUAGUUACACUAUGGCUUCAAAUAAAG